GGUGAGAUGUGGAAAACUGAAGGUUCGGAAAACAUGAUAAAUGCUAAACCUACGUUUACAGAAAAUGGACUUACUGAUAUAUAAUAUGCAACUUUCCUGCCUAGAUGAUUAACAGCUAAAUAUUUUUUCAUUGUACCCAUAGCAUAGGAACCUCUGCAAUCUGGAAGUCUUGAUUCAAACUGCAGUUCUCUAAGGCCCCCAAGCAUGAUGGGUACUUCCUGGUUCACAGUCAUUGCCAUAUUUGUGUUUUCCUCCAUUUAUUGUAUUGUUUCUCAUCCCAAACCUGAAUUAUGGUUCCAAGAACUUUUCCCCCUUAAAAUCUGUCCAGCCAAUGCCAGCGUGGAAACAUUUUAUGGCAUCAUGUUUGAUGCAGGAAGCACAGGGACACGAAUUCAUAUUUACACCUUUAUACAGAGAAGCCCAGAAUAUCCUGCAGAGUUAAAAGGGGAAGUUUUUGAAUCAGUGAAACCAGGUCUCUCAGCAUAUGCCAAUCAGCCUAAAAGGGGAGCUGAAACUAUCAGAAAAUUAUUAGAGAUGGCUAAAAAUGCUAUACCACCAGGUCACUGGAGCAAGACCCCCGUAGUAUUGAAAGCCACUGCUGGUCUACGGUUGUUAGCGGAACAGAAAGCUCAAGAUCUACUCUCACAAGUCAGAAUGGUCUUUGAGGAUUCACCAUUUUUAGUUCCUGAUAAUAGUGUUAGCAUAAUGGAUGGAUCUUAUGAAGGUAUUUUAGCCUGGAUCACUGUGAAUUUUUUGACAGGGCAGUUGUAUGGCCAAGACCAGCGGACAGUUGGAACUCUGGACCUGGGAGGAGCUUCAACUCAGAUAACAUUCCUGCCACAGCUGGAGGAAACCUUAACACAAACACCAGUGGACUUUCUUACCUCAUUUCAAAUGUUCAACAGCACGUAUAAGCUCUACACACACAGCUAUUUGGGGCUUGGGCUAAAAGCUGCUCGGUUGGCAACAUUAGGAGCUUUGAAUUUGGAAGCACUUGGACAGACAUUCAGAAGUUCUUGUCUGCCAAAACAGCUGGAAGCAGAAUGGCAUUUUGGUGGAAUAAAAUACCAGUAUGGCGGCAACACAGAAGGUGAAACUGGAUUUCAACCUUGUUAUUCUGAAGUAUUGAAGAUUGUACAAGGAAAAUUGCAUCAACCAGAUGAGAUUCAGAGAAGUUCCUUUUAUGCCUUUUCCUAUUAUUAUGAUCGGGCUGUGGACACUGACCUGAUAGAUUAUGAGAAAGGUGGUGUUUUACGUGUGAGAGACUUUGAAAAAAAAGCCAAACAAGUUUGUGAUAACAUGGAUAACUAUAGCUCUGCCAGCCCCUUUUUAUGUAUGGAUCUCAGUUACAUUACAGCUUUAUUAAAAGAAGGCUUUGGAUUUGGAGACACCACAGUUUUACAGCUGGCAAAGAAAGUAAAUAACAUAGAGACAAGCUGGGCUUUGGGGGCUACCUUUCACCUUCUACAGUCUCUAGGACUCUCCUACUAGGAAAGCAGAAGAUCUGCAUUU